AUGACGCAGCACCAAAUCUCAAACCGGCGCGAAGUCAACCACGGUACAACACAGACGUCGACGACAAAGCCAGGCCCCCCAGACAGGAUUCACUUGCUCUCUCGGGUGGCUGGGACUGGACUGGUCUUGACUCUUGGGCUUGCCGAGUCCCGCUUACUUGCUCUUCUCUGUUACUACUUCAAGUCUUCAACUGAGCUUCAAGGUCGGAAACAUCGCGGCCGGAUAGGCUACGUACAUGAUUGUCGAUAA